AUGAUAGCAGUGGUUGAUACUCUGGAAAUCAACUGUGGAUAUAGCAUACAAUUGGACGAUGAUAUAAAUAUUACCCAAAAAUUCUCUUCUUCAAAACAAACACCAUCUUUUUCGUUUCUCUCCCAAAAAUUCUUAUUCUUUAUUCUCAAAGGUUCUUUUUUAGCCAAUCAACAGGCCCUGUUGUCUGAGAUUAAUCAAGCUUAUUUUAGUGAAACCAUUCCCAUCACAUUUGAGCCUGUGCCUAUCGCAGAAGAUCUCAAGAUGCUUGGAAACCAGCUCCAUAUGAUCCCAAGUGUUCUUGGAGUAGUGGGAAUAGAUCUCUCUCGUGUACCGUCCUACACGACGGCCAUUAAUUCUAGACGGCUCUAUAGUUUUUCGGGUUCAUUACCGACCUACGACUCCGUGUCUGUACCAGGCAUUAGAUCCUAA